CAGACAGACAUCAUCUUCCUUUCCAAAUGAAGUGAGCUGUAGCUCACAAAAGCUUAUGCUCAAAUAAAUUGGUUAGUCUCUAAGGUGCCACAAGUCCUCCUUUUCUUCUCACUCACAUUGUGUCUCUCAUAUUCUGGGACCAAUGCAGCUACAACACUUGCAAAGAACAUUUGUAAAAAUCCUUGAACUUUAAGACACUCUUUGACAUUUCCUCCACGCUGAGUUCCACAAUGUUUCAUUGUUCUAUAUCGCCCUGGGGAUAAACACUGCAAUCACAUUCCAGCAGGGGUCAUGUCCAUCCAUACCCUAUCUCCAGCUGUUGUAAACAAAGAUAGGUUUCCUUUCGUAAACUAGGCAGAUUAAUAUGGAUGUAAAUCCCUCAGUGCCUCCCUCCCUUUGUGUCCUACUAAAUCUAUUUUUGCCUUCUAGUGUUAAGUGGAAGGAAAGGAACUUGGGUAGUAGCCAGUGCUCUUACUGCUGUAAUAAGGCUCUUAACAAUAAAACAAAUCUCCCUGAAAACUCAGUCCCCCCCAAUAACAUUAGUGCAAUCAGCCCUGAGGGAGCAGAGCCAGGUAACGUAAGAACAUUGAAGGGAUGGGUUUCACGUCAUCCUGCUACAGGAGAGACCCAGGUUCCAAAGAAACCUCAGAACACCUGUUUUUGGACCAGUGAAGACUGAGCAUGUGGCAGAGGCAACAAACUGGGUUUCCAGGAGCAGGGGGACUGGUGUGGAGGAAAAGAUGUAAACUUCCCUGUUUAUGGAGUUCUGCCAUGGAGCAAGUCUGAGAAGGUGGAGGAAUGGAAAUGGUAGCAGGUAGACACAGCGGAGUUAGUGGAAGAAGGCAGUUCUGACAGCAGAGAGAUGGAUAGCAGGCUGUGCAUUGGUCUCAAGGAAGAGGGCUCCAAUCUAUAGGGAACCAGGGGGAGAAAUGAAAGGACCAAAAGGGAUACAUCACGGCAGGCACCUUUACUGGUGUCCAUAUGAAGCAUGGCUCUUGUCAAGGUUGAGGGCUGGCUCAGAGUGCUAACCCACCUCCUGUUCUGCCUGUGCUCUGCUCAGGUGCUAGGUAAAGGCGCACUAGGGAGUCUCUUACUGCCCAGUCCUGCAAACCCUCGCUCAUGUGACUCAUCCCUUUAAUUUCAGUUAGACUACUCAGAUGAACCAGAGUUCACAGGAUGGGUUUCUAAAUGCUUAUCUAACCUGAUCAGAGAUCUUACAACUAUGCCACCACCAAGCAGGAUUCCUUGAUGAGCAAAACAGUGACAAAAAUUGGAUGAAAAACGCCUUGGCUGGUUAGUGUCUGCCUUGGUGCACUAUGUAUCUGGAUAUCCACAAGAUGUGGCCUUCAGAGCCAGGAUGUGCUAAUAGUCCAAACGUUUUGGAAUUGAGGAUUUUUUUUUUAAGAUACCUGCCACAGAAAGGGGUUGUUGUUCUCUUGGUGGGUAUUUAUUCAGGGCCUGAUCUAUUGAAAUCAAUGGGAGGGUUUCCACUAAUUUCAGUGUUGUUUGGCUUGGAUCCUAAAGCAGGUGGCACAGUCCAUUAGGAAGAAUCCAAAUAUUAUGAGGCUUAAUGCGUCUCUGGAAGGUGCUCACACACCAAGAUGAUGGGCCUGGUAUAAGAACCUGAACAGAGCAGAAUACAAAUGUGUAUGUGUGUGACCAAAAUUAUGCAAAUACCCAGAGCAUGGCUGGGCAUUGCUGCUGAUUUAUAAAGGGCAAGAGAUUUGAAUGUGGUAACCAGUUAUACAGUACCCGCUGCAUGAAAGUGACUUGUCGGAGGUGUAUUUAGUUCCUUAGGUGUGGGUUAGUUCCUCAGAAUUUUGGAAUUAAGCUCCUAAUAACCCUCUCCCCGACAGCUCUACAUUCAGUGUAAAUCCCCCGGCUCACCAAAGGGAAACCAGAAGACUGGAACCAGAAGGCCACAGGAGGUUUUAUAUUUAAAAAAAAAAAAAAAGUGUCAACCCUUUUGAGGAUUUCCCUGCACCCAGGUGGCAACACUUCCUCUACAGUGAUCUCGGCAGGGGAAAAAACUGGACUAUGGAGACUGGCUGAGGAGACUGAGAGGUCAGAGGUGGAGCUUAAUAUUAUAAUUUGUGUUGCCUGGAAAACUCUCACAGCUCUGAAAUGCUAAAGCAGAGGAGAGGGCAGUGAGAAGACGAGUGGAGCUGCCGUUGCGGAGACCAGCAAUUGGCCAUGGGGAGGGCUGCCCAGCAAACCCUCCUCGCCGUACUCUGCCUAGCAGCUGUGGUUUGUGAGGCUCAGGACACCUGCCCAGAAGUGAAAAUGGUGGGUCUUGGUGGUAAUGAGAAGCUCGCUAUUCUGCAAGGAUGCCCUGGUGUUCCUGGUGCCACAGGUCUCAAAGGAGAACCCGGAGCUGCAGGAAUGAGAGGAGAAAAGGGAACUCAGGGGAGCUCUGGGAAGAUGGGACCAGCUGGAGAGAAAGGAGAGAAUGGUGACAUUGGUGUUCCUGGUCUGAAAGGAGAUAAAGGAGACAGUGGAGUACCUGGAACUAUAACUGAGGAGGAGCUGAAGGACGUACACUGUAAGACAGGAGCGAAGAACUGCAAGGAGCUGUUAACCAGAGGGAACAUCAUGAGCGGCUGGUACACCAUCUACCCCCAUGACUGUAAUGCCACGACUGUGCUGUGUGACAUGGACACAGACGGAGGUGGAUGGAUAGUGUUCCAGAGGCGGGCAGAUGGUUCAGUGGAUUUUUUCCGUGACUGGCAUUCAUACAAGAGAGGUUUUGGCAGCCGCCUGACAGAAUUCUGGUUGGGAAAUGACAAUAUUCACCUAUUAACCUCUUUUGGAGAUAAUGAACUUCGCAUUGACCUCACAGAUUUCGAUAACAUCCAUGCAUUUGCCAAGUACAAGUCAUUCAAAAUUUUAGGAGAGACUGAAAAUUACAAGCUGAUUCUUGGAGAUUUCCUUGGGGGUAAUGCAGGGGAUUCGUUAUCCGGCCACAACAACAUGCUGUUCUCCACUAAAGACCGACAGCAAGAUCCUGGUUCGAAUGCAUGUGCAACAACCUACAAGGGGGCCUGGUGGUACAGUAGCUGCCAUUCUUCCAACCUGAAUGGGAUGUACUGGCUGGGAGCCCACAGCAGCUUUGCAGACGGGGUGAACUGGCAGGCAGGCAAAGGGUACAACUACUCCUACAAACGGUCCGAAAUGAAAUUCAGGCCCGUUUAGCCCAGCAGGAAGGCAGGCGAUCACACAGCAGUGAGCGCAUCACAGGAGUAAACUUAUUUUGUAUGCCACUACGUGUAUAUCAAUAAUUUUGAGUUUCUUCCCCCUCUCCUUAAGAUUGCUACUUUCUUCUGGCACCUGACUUGCUAUUGCAUGGUGGCUUUUUUUUUUUUGAGCUGCGAAUCUAAAUAUAACUUUAAUAAAAGUUUGUUCUAAUGGGCAAUCUGAGCUAGUCUCAACCAGGCCUCGUGGUGCUUUUGCUUUGUUUUUUUAUUGUGGAUAUAGAAUGUUACACUUUGUUACACAGUCAACCUUACUUUACCUGCCAGCUGAGGUUUUCCAUGGUUCAUCUAGUGGCAGUGCGAGGUGGGGAGAGACAGAGUUAUGGAUCAAAGGGUUUGAGAACAACUGGAAAUCUUUCACACGCUGUCUGCUCUGCAUUGCUGAUCAUUUUGAGAACUAAAUAAAACAUUUCUUUAUAAUGGAACUGAGGC